CCGGAGGUGCGGGACUGGCCCGAGCGCCGGGAGGCUGGGCCGCGAGCGUGCGGCGCAGGCAGCUCCUCGGCCGCCUCGGGGCGGGGCCGGACACGCGGACCCAUGUCGGCGGCGGCGGCGGCGCUGCUCCGGGGCUGGCUUCUCCCCGCCAUCCUGCCGCGGUUCGCGCCGGGGCCCUGCCGGAGCUUCUCAGCCAUGUCUGCAGAAUCUCAUUGGUUAACAACAGAAGAAAGGAAUCAAGUUAUACAUGACCUCAAAGCCUCAGGAUGGUCAGAAUUAAAUGAAAGAGAUGCUAUAUAUAAAGAAUUCUGUUUCAAAAAUUUUAAUCAGGCUUUUGGAUUUAUGUCCCGGGUUGCUCUACAAGCAGAAAAGAUGAAUCACCACCCUGAAUGGUUCAACAUAUAUAACAAGGUCCAGAUAACUCUUAUUUCACAUGACUAUGGUGGACUGACCAAGAGAGAUGUAAAACUGGCUCAAUUUAUUGAUAAAGCUGCUGCUUCUGUUUAAUGUCUUGCAAACCACAUGAAAAUAAUGCCAAAACCUUGACUACAAAAUAUGUUGAAGGCAAAUUUCUGAUUUUACCUUGUACUAAAAUGAAGAUGUUUUGCAAUAAGGUCUUAAAUAUUAAAAUGAUUUGAACUUU